AUGAACGAUAAUUAUAUUUUGCUUUAUGGAGGUGUAUCGGGUUGCUUUUCUGAAAUAGUAGGAAAUUUAUCAAAUUUCUGGUAAUAUACAGGACAUUAUCAUUCAGCUAAUCCAUUUUUAUGUUCAAGUGGAUUGUUUAAAGAUUGGGAUUAGAAAAUGAAGUAAUUUAGCAAAUUAUAGAUAGUUUUAUUCAAAAUAGAUUUCUAAAUAAACACGAGUUCAAAAGACUAAUAAAAUAACUUUUACAUGAUGUAAAGUGGAACUCAUUAACAUGGUGUUUAAGAUUUUAUAUAAAGGAAAGGUCUUAUAGAAAUAUCGUUAAAGAAAAUUCAAAUGGUAUAUAGCCUGUCAGGUAUUUUACAAAUAAAUAAGUUUAUUUCUGCAUUCUUUUGUAUUUGGUAGCGCUGCUCAACUUUGCUGCUCAUCUUUAUUUUCAAUACGGAACUUUCUUAGGAGUGAAUAAUUUUUUAGUUUCUAACAAGUCUCUAUUAGAGUAAUAUAAUUUGGAACAUUAUUUGGGUAAAACUAAUUUAUGAUUUAAUUAGAAUUUAUGACAUGCUUAAGGGUAUAAUGA